UCUUUUUGUGUUAAUCUUUGCUUCCAUGCAUGGAUUUCUCCUCCUCCUAAUAUAGUCAAGUUUAGAGAGAGAGGAAGAGAAAGAGAGAGAGAAUUGGAGAAACAAACGCUCACUCACUCACUCACUCCUUUGUUUGUUCUUUUCUCCCUUGGCUUCCUCAUCCAUCAACGCUAUCAUUAGCAAUUAAGAAACCAAGUUUUCAGACAUGGGGUUUCUCUUCUUCUUCUUCUUCUCCUCCUUCUUUUUCUUCUCUCCAACCACUUCCAAGAUGCGAUGCUGAUCUGGAGUGUUGCUGUUUUUCCCUUGUGAUCGAUUCUCUUGUGUUGGUGGUGAUCAAGAACAAGAAAGUGUGGUUAAUUUUGCUUUCUUUGAAAAAAUCCAAUGGAAGAAGAUCAUCAAGAAGUGAAACACGUGUGCAAGUUCUGCUGCAAGAGCUUCCCUUGUGGAAGAUCCUUGGGUGGCCACAUGAGGUCACAUGUCACCACCAAUGUUUCAACCGAGGCAGAUAAGCUUUCAUCAUUCAACAACAAUGGAGGAGGAGAUUCUGAAGGAGGAACUAACAAUGGAGGAGGAGGGUAUGGUCUGAGGGAGAAUCCAAAGAAGACUUGGCGGUUCAAUGAUUCGAGUGAGGACAACAACAACAACAACACAACUUUGUUGGUGUUGGACAAGUUGUGCAAAGAGUGUGGCAAAGGGUUUCAAUCUUGGAAAGCUCUGUUUGGUCACAUGAAGUGCCACUCUGAGAAAGUGUACCAAAACAACAACAGCAGCAGCAGCUUGUUAUUGGAGGAUCAAGAUUCGUGGAAUGGUAAUAACACCACCAAUGCUAGCCAGAGCCAGAAGAUGAUGGUGUCGAUGGAUGAUAGCCACUCUGAGAAUGAGGCCACGGCUCCGAAUCGAAGGAGAAGAUCCAAGAGGAGAAGGACAAGGUACAUGGCCCCUUCAACUUCUUCUGUGUCCCUUGUUUCUGAGGCUCAUCAUGAGCAGGUGCAGCAGGAAGAGGUUGCAAUGAGUUUGCUGAUGCUUAGUAGGGAUGUGAGUCCUUGGUGUGGUCUCAAUUCUGUUAAUUCAAUGCAGUUUGAAUCUCCUUCUUUGGUUCCUACCUAUUUGGAUUCUAAGGUUGAGGGAAAAAGGGUUGUUAUCUCCAAUGGUUAUGAGAAAAAGGUUACCAAACCAAGGGAUAUGAUGAAGGGGGAGUUUGGAAAUUUGGAUUGUUCAAAUCUCAACUCAAAAGGAAAAACGAGUUCAGAGCUUUUGGGUACUACUCAGAGUCCUGGAAGUGGAUUUGGGGUCAGCAAGACCAUGGUUUCUAAUUCUGCAUUUGAGGACAAUGGAACAGAUAAUAAUCAUAAUAGUAACAAUAAGUACACUUCAAUCAAGGCAAAGUUUAUGGACUCUGAGUUGAAGUCAAGUCCUUUGAAGAGUUGGGUGAACAACAACAAGAACUCAGAAGGUGAAUUCAGCAAAAGCUCCAAUAAGAGAGGAAAGUUUGAGUGCACUACUUGUAAGAAAAUCUUCCACUCAUAUCAAGCACUUGGAGGCCACAGGGCUAGUCACAAGAGGAUCAAGGGUUGCUUUGCUUCAAGAAAUGAGAGCAGUGAGAACAGCACUGAGUUGGAGGCAGAACUCUCCCCAGACCCUACAACAGAAAGUAAGCUCCUGAAGAAUGAGUAUGUGGAAGAACAUGAAAUGGUUACUAAUGUUACUACUGCUACUACUACUACUCAAUUUGACAAUGAGGUUGAAACAGUGAGAGAUUCCAAGAAGGGGAAAGGGCACGAGUGUCCAAUUUGCCACAAGGUUUUUCCAUCUGGCCAAGCCUUGGGUGGCCACAAGAGAUCUCAUCACUUGGCUGGUGGGUCUGAGAGUGCAAGAAAUUUUCAAAGUCAAACAAUUGUACUUGAGGAAGCAGCACCAGAAAUUAGGGACUUUUUUGACCUUAACCUUCCUGCUUCUACAGAGGAAGAAGGUACUAGCCAUGGCCAUGCUGAGCAUUACAGACCUUGGUGGGUAGUAGGAGGAAAUCACAAGCAGGAAGCACUGGUUGGCCUCAUUUCUAACUAAACUAAAACCUAUCAUAGUUGCUCAUUCCAGCAGAGGUUCAAAGUUCAAACUUCAAUUCAAUUCAACUUCGGAGUGAAGAUUUCAAACUGUAUAGGAAAAGUUUAUGCACUUAUUUCAUUAAUUCUUUACAGGAUUCAUGUCUUCUUUCAAGGUAUUUCUGUUAUUCUUCAAGUACUGGUUCAUAAGGAACAUUUUUAUGUUUCACUUUUCGUUUUCUAUAUUUCCUUUUUUUUGGUGGGGGUGGUAUUUGUUGGUUACUUUGUUCAUACUUCAAGGAAUAAGUUCCUUGCUGCAAAUUCCAAGCUCAUGAAUUUGGUUUAA